AAACCGUGGAAACGGAGGUAGGAACAGGUAGGAACGGGUAGAAAAGCUUGGUGCUGGAAGGAGCACGUGAGUUUAGGAAGCCGAAGCUGAACCGUGCGUGUAAUUAACAGUCCAAUGGUGGAUAUUUUCUUUUUGGUACGAAAUAUAAACUGAUUACAGUAACUAAAAUGACAGUCGUUUUUGUGACAUGUUGGCAUAGCGAUCCGUUACGUUUGACAUGAUUUUUUAACGUCAGGCCGAAAAAUGGCGAAGGUAGUUCAAGUUCUUAAAGUGGUGCGAAACAAUUGGAAGAAGUCUCUUUUUAUUUUUGCAGUUACAUCUUACAGUGUGCAGUAUGGGGUGGACAAAUAUAAUUCUUUCCAGCUUAUGCGAGGAUACUGUGAAGAAGCACUGCGGUAUGGAGAAAUGCCAGUACUGAAUGGCAGUAGACCUAGACAGAUAACUGUCAUUCUUAAUCCUGUAGCUGAUAAGAGAAAAUCAAGAAAGAAUUUUGAUAAGUAUUGUGCUCCUCUACUGCAUUUGGCUGGAAUCAGUGUUAAUAUUAUACAGACUGAAUUUGAAGGUCAAGCACGGGAACUGGUUGAAUCGUUGGAUGAGAUUGUGGAUACCAUAGUUGUUGCUGGUGGAGAUGGAACUGUAUCUGAGGCUGUGACUGGCUUGUUGCGUCGAGCUGAUGGAGAUCUCGCGGUACAGAGGAAGUUUCCAAUAGGUAUCUUGCCACUGGGACGAACCAAUACUGUUGCUACAUCUUUAUUUUUUGACUCAGCUAAGGUGAAAAUGAUGGCUAAGGCUACAAUGGGAGUCAUUCAGGAAAUUACUAAACCCAUUGAUGUAAUCAAAAUUGAAGUCCUUGAAACAGAAGAUGAACUUCCUGGCAAACCUGUGUACUGUUUGGGGGGCAUCCAGUGGGGUGCCUAUCGUGAUGCCUAUGCAAAGAAAGAUAAAUACUGGUACUGGGGAAUGUUGCGUUCAUAUGUAACUUACAUCUUCAUGGGGCUGAAGAGUGAGGAAAGUGGUGUAUCAUGGCAGUGUAAGGGUCAUCUCAGCUAUAUUCUACCAUGCAAGGGCUGCUCCAAAUGUGUUCAGGCAGUUGAAAAUGACAAGUCAGCACAUCGCUGGUGGCAUGUAUUCGUUCAGAGACAAGUCACAGACCCAGUUUCAAAGGAUUACAGUAAAGUGAUCAAUGAACACUGUGGAUCAAAGUUGGAACAAGAUUUUUCAACAGUUGAUAUGUCUCUGACAACUGCAAAUGUUUGUCCUAAUUGCAUCAGAGAUGGAGACCCACAUAUCCAGGUAGCAAUAGGUCCCCCAUCUGUAAGUUUCCCAGGCUUUGUAUGGGAAGGAUGGAGAAGGAAGUAUGGGAAAGCACCAAGAACUGAACAAGUAUUGCAGGCUAGAGAACUGGAAAUUAGGCCAGUGCUGAAGAACAAUUCAGAGAAUACAGAACACUGGAUCUCCAUAGACAAUGAAGAUUAUGAAGUGAAACCAAUAUAUGCAACACUACUGCCAAAAAAAGUUCAUGUGUUUUACACACCUGCAGAAAGUUCAAGCUGAGUAUUUUACAAAGAAAGAUGAGUUUGGUUAGAGAAGCCCAGGCUCCAGUGUAACAGCACUUCCCAUUCAUGUUUUAAGGUUAUGAUUUUGUGGGAAAUAUUUGG